AUGAAUGAACUUAACCCCAACAUCUCAAGGGAGUAUAUCAAAACGAUGAGAAAACUUUCGAACAAGUUUUUAAUAAAACACGACAAAAAAUUUAAGAAACUCUUCUGCAAAAAAUGCAACUCAGUCCUCAUUCCAAGUGCUACUUGCAAAGUUUAUGUUAACCCACUAAAUUUAAGGAAGAAAAAAAAAAACAAUAAUGAGGAGGUGAGUAGCAAUUUGAAGGGGAAGUUGAGAGAUGAAUUUCUGGUUUCAUACCGGUGUAACUACUGCCAGCAUGACACGAAAUUUGUUUACGAAAAU